AUGAGUGUCCUAGUUUGGAAUUGUCGUGGGCUUGGGAACCCACAGACAAUUCGAGAGCUCGGGAAUUUGGUCCGGGCACAAGAUCCUGCGGUUGUGUUCUUGGCCGAGACAUGGCUGACAGAAGAUAGGCUGAAGUUUCUUUUGCGGAAUUUUGUUUGUGAUCAGAAGUUUGUUGUUUCAAAAAUAAGUCAGGGGGGCGGUCUUGCUCUUCUGUGGAGGUCUGAUUUUGACGUUAAGGUAGUGUCUUCUUCAAUAAAUCAUAUUGAUGCUGUGAUUAAUUCAGGGAAGGAAAACUCUUGGAGGUUUACGGGUUUCUACGGUAAUCCCGAGACUCACAAACAUCAUGAGUCUUGGGCUGUCCUAAAAAAUCUGAACCGAAAUUCUUCCUUUCCUUGGCUUUGUUCGGGUGAUUUUAAUGAGAUUUUAAGGUCUCAUGAAAAGAAAGGUGGUAGAGCAAGACCGGAGGUACAGAUGCGGGACUUCCGGGACACAUUGGAUGAAUGUGGUUUUGCCGACUUGGGGUUUAGUGGCCAAAAAUUCACUUGGUGUAAAAGGUUGGCAGGAGGUGUUAUGGUUUGGGAGCGUCUUGAUAGGGCCGUGGCUAAUCAAGAAUGGAUUUCUAUGUUUCCGGGAUACUCAGUUGAAUUAAGGGAACUUCUUAUUAAGGAAGAAAAGCUUUGGCAGCAGCGUUCCAAGUUGCAUUGGCUUAAAGAAGGGGAUCAAAAUACACGUUACUUCCAUGGUAAAGCUUCUCAGAGGUAUAGGAAAAAUUGUAUCAAACGCUUAAGAAACAAAAAUGGGGAGUGGGUUGAUGGGGAGGACCAAAUUGCUCAAUUAUUUAUUGACUAUUACAGUGAGCUUUUCACAACUUCAAAUCCUUCUCAUUUGGAGGAGGUAUUGGAGAAUAUUCCGCAGGUUGUCUCAGAUUCUAUGAAUGCGGAUUUGGUGAAACCUUUUGUUAAGAAAGAGGUGGAUGUGGCCCUUAAGCAGAUGGCACCUCUGAAAGCGCCAGGCCCGGAUGACAUGCCCCCCAUUUUCUAUCAACACUAUUGGGACUCCAUUGGUGAUGACGUGUCUUGUGCUGUUCUUUCCUGCCUUAAUUCAGGUUCUAUCCCAGCUAGUCUUAAUCAUACUCAUAUCACCCUUAUCCCCAAGAUAAAAAAUCCCGAAAGUGUUUCUGAUUUUAGGCCUAUAUCUUUAUGUAACAUUCUGUAUAAGUUAAUUUCUAAGGUGUUGGCUAACCGUUUGAAAACUCUGUUGCCAUAUGUUGUAUCUGAAUCCCAGAGUGCCUUUCAAUCCGAUAAGGCUAUCUCGGAUAAUAUUUUGGUAGCUUUUGAAACAUUACAUCAUAUGAAGAUCAAAAAAACGGGGAAGGAGGGGUUUAUGGCCAUGAAAUUGGAUAUGAGUAAGGCUUACGAUAGGGUUGAGUGGAUUUUUUUGGAGAAGUUGAUGCGAAAGAUGGGUUUCCAUGAGAGAUGGGUUGAUAUGGUUAUGGCUACAAUCAAAUCCGUGUCUUACUCUUUCUUGAUCAAUGGGUUCCCCCGAGGAUUCAUUAAGCCUACUAGGGGGAUUCGUCAAGGCGACCCCCUAUCCCCUUAUCUUUUCUUGUUGUGCUCGGAAGGAUUUAAUGGGUUGCUCAAUAAAGCCGUGGCUAGGGGUGAUUUAAGGGGCUUCUCGCUUUGUAAGAAUGGCCCACAAAUCUCACACUUAUUCUUUGCCGAUGAUAGCUUGAUUUUUUGUCGGGCAAGGAUGGGUGAUGUGCAAGCAAUCCAAGUGGCGUUAUCCCUAUAUGAGAGAGCAUCCGGGCAAAAAAUAAAUGGCUCAAAAACAAAUCUUUUUUUUGGUAAAUCUGUCCUUGAGAGCACCAAAUUAGAUUUGAUGAACUACCUAGGGGUGCCGGAGGUAAAGGAGUAUGAAAAGUACCUAGGAUUGCCGGCUAUGGUGGGUAGGAAGAAAAAGGAGAGUUUUAUCUAUAUUAAGGAGAGGAUUUGGGGGAAACUUCAAGGGUGGAAGGAGAAACUUUUGUCACAAGCCGGUAGGGAGGUGUUAUUGAAAGCUAUUGUGCAAGCAAUCCCAUCUUUUGCUAUGAGUUGUUUUCUUUUACCGGUGAACCUUUGCCAUGAGAUUGAGGUUAUGAUAAAAAAAAUUUUUUGGGGUCAACGUGGUGAGAGAAGAAAGAUUCAUUGGAAAAAUUGGGAGUCUUUGUGUAUGCCAAAAAAUGAAGGCGGAAUGGGUUUCAAGGAACUUAGGAAGUUCAACGAAGCCAUGUUAGCUAAGCAAGUUUGGCGGCUGGUUCAUGACCAAAAAUCUCUCUUUUAUCGGGAUUUUAAGGCAAAGUUUUUUCCUUCGGGGGACAUUUUUUCAGCACAUGUCAAAACGGGGUCAUAUGCAUGGCGGAGUAUCCUUAAGGCACGCUACAUAAUUGCUGAAGGUGCUAGAUAUAGAGUGGGGAACGGCCAAUCUGUCCGGAUUUACAAUGAUUGUUGGCUGCCUGGUGAUGGGUCAGGCAAAGUGAUCUCUCCCCCCUCUUUGUUAUCUGCUGAGUCGAGAGUUUCAGACAUUAUAGAUGCUGAUACGGGUUGGUGGAAUGUGCAUCUGUUGGAGCGAGUUUUUCUGCCAUUUGAGGUGCAGAAAAUAAAGUCCAUCCCUCUUUGUCUUAUCCCACAAGAAGACAUGUUGAUUUGGCCAAAAACUAAGGAUGGCCAGUAUUCGGUGAAGCUUGGGUACCAACUGGUGUGUGCCAAGGAGCUCUCUGGUUCACCGUCAGGAUCAUCAAAUGAGGCAAACCGGAGGUUGUGGUCUGGUUUAUGGAGAAUGAAGGUGCCCAGCAAAGUUAAGACUUUUGCUUGGCGGGCUUGCUCGGAGUCCCUUCCCACGAUGGUGAAUUUGGCUAGGCGAAGAGUGGUUCUGUCCAGCAGCUGCACGGGGUGUAACAGGGGGCCUGAGACAGUGUUUCAUGCUCUAUGGGGGUGUGAGAAGGUGAAGGAGGCAUGGGGUACUAACUUUGAUGAGUUGCGGAGUGCAACGAAUCAAAAUUUAUUUUUUGUUGAUCUUUUCAGGUUGGCGCUGCAGAAUCCACGUGGAGCUGAAGGUUUCAUAAUGAUCUGUUGGUCUAUCUGGAAUCGGCGCAACAAAAUCCGAGUUAAUGAGGUUGCUGCUCCCCUUGAGAAGAUUCCGGAGCUGGCACAGAAGCAGCUGACGGAUUUUCAACAAUUCUGUGCAAAACCAGAAACAAAAAUGGUGGCGCGGAAGGCCAUCUGGAAGCCUCCUGAUGCAGCGCUGCUGAAAGCAAAUUUCGACGGAGCGGUUUUCGACGAUCUGGGAGCUGCUGGAAUUGGUGUGGUGGUGCGUAAUUCGCUGGGUGAGGUCUUGGCGGCUCUGUCUGAAAUAAUUCCCCUGCCUUCAUCCAUUGCUGCUCUGGAAACUAUGGCAGCAAGGCGGGCUGCUCUGUUUGUCCGUGAGUGUGGUUUCAGUGGUGUUAUUUUUGAAGGGGAUUCAGAAGAGUCUAUUUCAGCUAUAAAGAAGAAAAAUUUUCAGCAUCCAGUUGUGGGUCAUUUAGUUCAAGACAUUAUGUCUUCAGUCAAAAAGUCUGUUCAUCUUCUUUAG